UAUCCAAUAUUCCCUAUUAUAAGCAAUUAGGAUAUUCCGCAUCCAUUGAAGGCAUCAGAAAAAUACUGGAAAAUAGAAUGGGUUUGUAUGGACGGGCCGUACGAAUAGAGAUUGUUGUCUAUAUGGAGAAAGAGGGCAAAUCCCGUGAGGGCUGUCCGAUAGCCAAGUCUGUGCUGAGACGGGCCAACGAUCAGGAGCUGGUGUUGGCUCUCGUCCGGUACCGAAAAGGCCACAAAUGUUCGCAAACUUAUAUAAUCGUCUCGAUUGUGGUCUGGGAUGCGAUCGAUCGGUGUUUUGCCGACAAAUUAUACGAUAUAAUUGUCUAUAAAGUCAAUGAAUACGGAAUAUCUACGCAAAGACGUUGCGCUCAAAACGACUCGAAGACGUGCGGCUGUCAGGGCGUGAAUGAGCGGACACGUGGGGCCUGUUAUUCAUUUGGGUGCAGUUGGUCUAUGUUUAGGGACGGCUGCAAAUUCAGGGACAGUCAGAGGCAUAACGUCCGCAAAUUUCGGCUUAAAAAACGGAAUCAGGAAUACGAACUCGAAUACCAUUUGGACAAAUUGGCCACUGGUUUGGCGCCACUGUAUGAGGCCAUAGCGCCAGACGCCUACUAUAAUCAGAUCACGUUUGAAAGCGAUGGCUCCGACUGUCGUAUCGGUGAUGGCAUUGGGCGGCCAUUCAGUGGCGUAACCGCGUGUCUGGACUUCUGCGCCCACUCUCACAAAGACUUGCAUAAUAUGAAUAACGGCUGUACUGUUGUCGUCACUCUCGGCAAAUACCGGGGCGGA